AAAUGACCAAUUUUUUUUUUCCAGGCAACUCACAACUGAAACAUUUUACUUGUGGCGCGAGUUGCAGAGAAACGUCCAGAUUUCAAAAAAAGAAAAAAAAUGCUGUUCCUUCAUCUCUUCUGAGUUCUGAAUCCUUCACUGUAACUCCAACCCUUUUCAGUUUUGCUGCUCUAUUCUCUGUAUCUUCCUUUGAAACUUCUGUUACAAGCAAAUAUAUGCAUGGAGGGGAGGGAAAGCACCGUCUCUAACUCUACGGCUAACACGGAGAGUGAUUCUCCGGUUAGUGGAGCAGUGCCGAGCGGGGGAUUAGUUCCUCAGGCGAUGAACAUGGCUGUUAACAUGAGUAUGGAGAGAAGUCUCGGAGGUGGAGUUGUAGGUGGAGUAGAUAUGAUGAUGGGUAAGAAGAAAAGAGGGAGGCCAAGAAAGUAUGCUCCCGAUGGGAGCUUAGCAUUGGUUCUUUCACAGGGCUAUUCUUCACCUCCAUCUCCUGACUUCUCUGCAAAGCGAGGUAGAGGGCGGCCACCUGGUUCUGGUAAUCGGCAGCUACUUGCGUCUUUAGGUGACUGGGUUGCAAACACAGCUGGAGGAAACUUCAUGCCACAUGUGGUUACAAUAAGUACAGGAGAGGAUGUUGCGGACAAAAUAUUUUCAUUUGCUCAAAAGGGUCCUCGAGCUAUUUGCAUUCUCUCGGCCAAUGGAUCUGUUUCUAAUGUUACCAUUCGUCAGCCUGGCUAUUGUGGUGGUAUUUUGACUUAUGAGGGCCGUUUUGAGAUAUUGUCUUUAUCUGGGUCCUAUUCAUUCACUGAAACUGGUGGUGGUAUACGCAAUAGAACUGGUGGGCUAAGUGUUUCAUUGGCUGGCCCUGAUGGUCGUGUGAUUGGUGGUGUGGUUGCAGGUCUAUUAUUGGCAGCUAGCCCAAUCCAAGUUGUGGUUGGAAGUUUCAUGCCAAAUUACAAGCCUCACAAAAAGAAGUACCAGAACGGAUAUCCAAUUGCUUCAGUAAUCCCUGUUAUCCAAGGUUCCCCAGAUAUAGUGACAGCAGCAAGACCGAUAUCUCAAGCUAGACCUGAUGAUGGCAACUGUGUCACCCCCACAUCUGCAUUACCAGAACAGAGCCACGGUGAAGAAGAGAACAGUGCAAACAGUAAUCCAAACCCAAACUCUGGGUUCCAAAGUGCUGAUUGGCAUGCUUCAGAGUCCAAGCAGGAAAAGAAAGUGUCUCCUGACAUUAAUGCAUGUGCACCUGGUGAAUGAUAUAGAAGGUGUUAGAAUAGAUGCUUAUAGAGGCUGGAAUGAUGGGGAGAUGAGGCUGACUUGAACUGCUUUGUUAUUGUUAUAAUAUUUAUACCUUAAGACUUUUAGAAAUUUCAUGGGAUUUUGUUGUUUUUGUUUUUUAUUGUUCUGUUGUUGUUAAUUGUUGGAUCAUAGGUGGGUGUUACCCACAAAGCUUCUCAUGACUUUUAAAAGUUAAAUGUAGUUGGAAAAUUUAUACUUAGUAGUAAUUUAAACUUGAAAUUUACAAACA